GGGACGGGCUUUCCGGGUGGAAGUCUGUCGUGUGGGAAGAGGAAAAGGCUGGUGACGGACAGGCCGACCUGACACUCAAAGCCGGCGAGUUGAGUUGGGCGUUCAGGAGAAACACCAGGAUCUAUGGCUGUCCGAGGGAUGAACCUGUGCAGUAUUUGUUGUCUGAUCCUGUAUUUCGUCGCGGCAGUGUUUGCGGGACGUGAUUUCUAUAAGAUCCUGGGUGUAAGCAGAUCUGCGACGGUCAAGGAUAUCAAAAAAGCUUACAGAAAGCUGGCUCUGCAGCUUCACCCAGACAGAAACCAAGAUGAUCCAAAUGCUCAAGACAAGUUCGCGGACUUGGGGGCUGCCUAUGAGGUGCUAUCUGACGAAGAGAAAAGGAAGCAAUACGAUCAAUAUGGAGAGGAGGGGCUGAAGGAAGGACAUCACAGCUCACAUGGGGACAUCUUCUCCAGUUUCUUUGGCGACUUUGGCUUCAUGUUUGGCGGAAACCAGCGGCAGCAGGACCGGAACAUUCCCCGGGGCAAUGACAUCGUGCUGGAUCUGGAGGUCACACUCGAAGAGGUGUAUUCUGGGAAUUUUGUGGAAGUUGUGCGUAACAAGCCGAUAGCCAAGGAGGCUCCUGGGAAGAGGAAAUGCAACUGUCGACAGGAAAUGAGGACGACGCAACUGGGACCUGGGCGCUUCCAGAUGACACAGGAAGUGGUCUGCGAUGAGUGUCCCAAUGUCAAACUGGUGAAUGAGGAGAAGACACUGGAGGUUGAGAUUGAACAGGGAGUGAGAGAUGAGAUGGAGUAUCCCUUCAUAGGAGAAGGAGAACCUCAUAUCGAUGGAGAACCAGGAGAUUUGCGCUUCCGCAUUAAAGUCAUGAAGCACCCUGUGUUUGAGCGCAGGGGAGAUGACCUUUACACCAAUGUCACCAUCUCCCUGGUGGAGGCGCUAGUGGGCUUCGAGAUGGACAUCAAACACCUCGAUGGACACAAGGUUCACAUUGUGAGAGACAGGAUCACCAAACCUGGAGCCAAACUGUGGAAAAAGGGGGAGGGCCUCCCCAACUUCGAUAACAACAACAUCCGUGGCUCUCUCAUCGUCACCUUUGACGUGGAGUUCCCCAAAGAACAGCUGGACGAACAAGAAAAAGAGGGGGUAAGGCAGCUGCUGAAACAGGCAUCAACACAGAAGGUGUACAAUGGACUGCAGGGGUACUGACGUGUUGGCGGAUUUCAGGAUUUUUUCCACACGCACACUAUCACAUGGACACACAGAAACAAGCAUUGGGGUGUAUUUAUUGUUCAUAGAUUGUACUCAGGACGGGUUGUCUUAUUGUUUGCAUUUUUAUUUUUUAAUAUUUUGAAAUAAAAAUUUUAGUUUUGUUUUUUUGAAUUUUAAUUUUGUUUUAAACCCCCCAUUUCUUUACUUACCUUUUUUCAAAUGGACAAUUGUGGGUGACAACAUGUGUAUCCUUUUCAUUUUUAAUUCCCAAACUGGAAUUUUUAAAUAUACAAGUAUAUUUAAAUAUUUGUUUGAUGUUUUUCUUUUCUUGAAUAAUUCCGUGCUUCCCAGUUUGAAUAGGGAGAAAUCUCAAGUGAUCAGUCACACUACAGACACAGGCUGAUCUAAAAGGAACUUGCAUUUCCACUUCCCCUCUCUCAGCUGGACUGGCCUGAAGAGUUGAACUCCAUUAGUGAUGAAGGACUGAGCCUUCAGAAUCUAAGGUCUUGAGCAACAGCUGAUUCUGGGAUGGCUCUUUGAAAUAGUUUUAUUAUUACUUUAUUUCUUUUCUUCUUUUAUUUUUUACAAUUUUUAUUUUCAGGACUGUUAACGCAAAAAAAAAAAAAGUGGAACUUGGUUUGCAUUCUUUUUUCCACUUCCAUGGUACAAAUUCCGUUUCAAAUUCUAAGGCCGAGUGUCCUUCAGUCUUAAUGCUUUUUUGUGUUCAUCCCGUGACUGAGUCAUAACUUUGCCCGUCAUUGUGUUUGUUCUCCAUGGUGUUUUUUUCUGGGCUUUUUUGUCCAUUUUUGGGCUGCCUUUACCACGACAGCCUAGAUCUUUCCUCUGGACUGUAUCUGACAGAAAGGGACUGUAGUGAACAAAAAAAAAAAAAAAA